ACUUUUUUCUUUCGGUGGCUGGUUUCUCUCCCUCGCGUGUUUCUGCCUGCCUCUGGAGCCUCUCUCUCGUGUACUCCAUCGUGUCCCUCCGUCUGCGAUUCUCCUUUUCCGGAUGGCGAGCAAGAUGGCAACGGUCGUGUCAGAGGCGAUGAACAGCACUACUGCAGUAUACACGUUUCUGGGAGUAGCUUUUGUAGCGCUGGGAGUAAGAUCGAAUGGUCUACAGAAGAGAGUUGAGGCCUUGGAAAGUGAAAAAGAUUCGCUGCUAAAGUCCAACAAGUCCAUGAAGACAAAUAUUUGGGACAUGAAGCAACUUCUCUAUGCCGAAGCCGCUGCUGCAGGCGCUUCUGCGGUGGUUCCUCUUACAACACUCCAGACCAUCUAUGGCGAGCUCCCCACCUCCUCAUCCGACGGAGGUGACAUAGCCAAUGAAGACAAGAAAUCAUCUGCGCGGAUCACGAUCUGAAAGCCAACUUUCGAUCCACUUUGCAAUGUUAGGAAGCGGAGGUGGAGGGAUCAAUGAGAGAUGGAACUUUAUGUCAUGCUCAUUCACGUGUUCAUAUCACUGCUAUAUCAGUGUUCCUCCUCCGGUCUAAACCUUUUGUUGCCUUUCGGAAAACCGGACUGAACCAUAUUUAUAGUCUGGGAACUUUUGUGAUAUAACCAACCCAUUGAUUUCGGCUUAAACCCCAAAUAAGAAUGGACAAUUAUCGAGUA